AUGAGGACUUCUACAGUACUCUGCCUGGCCGCCUUGGCUGCACAAGCAGUCUCGGCCGUGCCUCAUCGUCGCGACCACAUGCACCAACACCACAAUGUCGAGGCUCGCGCCGAACCAGCAUUUCCAGGUACCGUAACCGUCACCAGGACUAUAGUCCAGCCCAGUGAAAUCGUCUGGGUCAACAAAGCCGGACAAAUAGUCUCAACCGAGACGAAGGCGCCCGCUCCUGGUUCUGCCCCUACUUCUCCACCUCCAAAUACUAACAAUCAUCCUCCACCAUCAGUACCGGUUCCAGGUCAAUUCAAUCAAGCCGCUGGCGACAACCAGCCUGCGCAACCGAAUAAGGACGCUUCGGAGCCCACCACCACCCCAAAGGCCGAAACCACAACCAAUAGCAACAUCGUUGGUGGCUACGGCAUUUGCUACGACAUGAUCAAUGGCGCCAGUCAAUGCAAAUCCGACUCUACCCUCGAUUCCGAAUUCGCAUUCCUCUCUGGCCAAGGCUACAAGCUCGUUCGUACCUACGAUAUCGGUUGCAACAUGGGUAGCUUUGUCUCGAAAGCUGCUGCACAUGGCAUGAAGGCGUUCAUUGGCAUCAACAAUAUCGAUAAUGUCGCUGGGGAUCUUGGCAAGCUCAUCACAAUGGUCAAUGGUAAUUGGGGCCCGGUGGAUACUAUCAACAUCGGCAAUGAGAAGGUCAACCACGGUAUCGCCCCAUCUGUCGUUGCUGCUGCCGUUGCACAAGGACGCGGUAUCUUGCGUGCCGCUGGAUACACUGGCUCUGUGGUGACAGUGGAUGUCUUCAACUCCUGGACCUCUGAGUUGGCUGCGGCUUCGGACUAUGUCGCGGCUAAUGCCCACGGCUUUUUCGAUUCGUCCAACACCGCCGAGAAGAACGGACAAUGGCUACAGAACACAUACGACGGCCUUCAGAAGAUCGCUGGCGGCAAGCAAGUCGUCAUCACAGAGAGUGGAUGGCCGCACGCCGGUAGCAACGUCGGAUCGGCUGUUGCUGGCAAGACACAACAGACUACCGCCAUUGCUGGGAUCAAAUCUGCGUUUGCAAACAAGCAGGGCAGCUUGUUCGUCUUCCAGGCUUACGAUGCGACGUACAAGGCGCCUGGUGCUUUGGGCAUCGAGGCGAGCUUUGGAAUUUAUGGUGGGAGCUGA